GAGAAGCCAUACUCAGCGUUCUCAACCUCGUACAAACGAAUCAUAAUUUGCAUCCUUACUAUAAACUAUAUUGUGCAUUUGAUGUCCUACAACAUCUAUUUUCCAGCAAUCGAUUCGAUAAAAAAUAGCUUCAAUACGACAGUUGCCAUGGUCAACUUGACAGUAACGGGAUAUAGCGUAUUGAAUGGAAUUGGCCCUCUGGUGUGGGGUCCGUUUGCUGAUGUUUGGGGACGAAGACCGAUAUUCCUGAUAACAUUCAUCUUGUAUAUCGCCAGCAACGUUGGUUUGGCUACGGUUGACUCAUUUGUUGGCUUUCUCAUACUGCGGAUGAUACAAGCUUUUGUGUCCGGCCCAAUCAAUGCUCUAUGUGCAGGCGUUGUGACCGAUAUUGCAUCGCCAAAAGAACGGGGUGGAUACUUCGGUGUAAUUACGGGCGCUCUCAUGUUCAGCACUGUAUUCAGUUUGUUCAUCGGCGGUGCUAUAACCUACUCUUUAUCCUGGAGGUGGAUAUUUUGGUUUCUUGCCAUUGGCUCAAGCACUGCAUGUAUCAUCACAUUUGCUCUUCUUCCUGAAACUCUGCGUGCGAUCGUCGAUGAUGGAUCUGAAUAUCAAGACCGUACUCCAUUACAGCUGCUUUAUACAAAAUUUAAUGUCUGUUGUCAACAAACAACUGCUGAAGACAACGGCAGUAGUAAGAAACCAUAUUUCUUUAAAGGUGGAUUUCCCAACAUACUCAAGCAACUUAAACUGAUCCUCGAGCCGGAUGUCGCUUUAUCUGCUUUAUCGAGCGCAAUGCACUAUGUAAUAAUGUCAAGCGUACAAACGACGGCAUCAACGAUAUUCCCUCAGCAGUACGGAUUGAACCCUCUGCAAGUCGGACUGGCAUUUUUGGUAAUGGGCGGUGGGACAGCAAUCGGGAGUGUUAUCGAAGGCCGACUCUUGGAUCGUGAUUAUCGUAUAGCCAAAGAAAAAGGACUUUCGAUAUAUAGAGCACGCUUAAGAUCAGCAUGGAUUCAACCGGUUCUGUUGCAGCUGGUUGUAGUUCUCUACGGAUGGUGUUUGUAUAUUAAUGCCCAUCUAGCAGUCAUACUUGUACUUCAUUUUAUCAUUGGAUUUGUGGCACUGUCUAUGUACACUGUCUUCCAGACGCUGGUCGUAGAUCUGUUUCCCGAGAAGGGGUCGUCUGUAAGCGGUAUCAUGUCUUUUGUACGAUGCGAUCUUGCGGCCGCGGGCGUCGCGGCUACUGAACCAUGUUUACAGGCACUGGGUUUUGGUUGGACAUUUACAGUCUUUGCUGGGCUACUUGCCACUGUCAACAUUUAUAUCUUUCUUCUCGCUCGGUACGGACCUCGAUGGCAAGCAAAACGGCUUGAUAGUAUACAAUAG